GUAGCCGUUAGCUCUGUGGCUGUUUCCACCGGCCGAUUUGAAUGGUUCCAACGGCGGAAAGCAACGCAUAACUGGAAUGAGAGUAUAAUAUAAAUAGAGUUGACGUUACGCUUAGUCUAAAGACAACCAGAAGCCACACUUGAAACAAGGUGAGAGGCUGAGUGCGCGUGAGAGAAGGAUCGAGCGAGCGACGCCAUGGAGCAGCAGAGGCAGAGAUCUCUCUCCACAUCAGGAGAUUCGCUGUACGCCGUGUUGGGAGUUGAUAAGUCUGCAACGACGGAGGACAUCAAGAAAUCCUACAGGAAACUAGCAUUGAAGUUUCACCCCGACAAGAACCCGGACAACCCGGAUGCAGCUGAGAAGUUUAAGGAAAUAAACAACGCCCACUCAAUCCUCAGCGACGGGACCAAGAAGAACAUCUACGACAAAUACGGCUCUCUGGGGCUCUACGUGGCGGAGCAGUUUGGAGAAGAGAACGUCAACACCUACUUUGUUCUGUCCAGCUGGUGGGCGAAGGCCUUGUUCGUCUUCUGCUGCCUAUCCACGGGCUGUUACUGCUGCUGUUGCCUGUGCUGUUGCUGUAACUGUUGCUGCGGUAAAUGUAAACCUCGGCCGCCAAUGGACCAGGAGCCGGAGUUCUACGUCUCCCCCGAGGACCUGGAGGCCCAGAUGACUGCUGACGAAAGAGAUGGUGGUGACCCCGUCAUGGUGCAGCCAUCCUCAGCCACAGAAAACACUCAGCUCACCUCUGAUGCCCACCAAAGCUACAGAACCGACGCAUACUAGACACACACAGUCACACACACACAGCAGCAACCGACAAGUAACCACAGCUAUAGCACCAAUCCAUAACACAAACACACACCAGCAGAUACUAGAUAGCAUCUCUCACAGUCCGCCAUUUACCGUUUGAUUUACAUUCAUUUUAUAAUUCAUGUGAAGUGAAGGGAGAAGGGAGGAAACAAAAUAAUUUAGACAGGAUUGUGUAUUUCUUCAUGAUUUUCCAGAGCAACAGAGGAGCUCAUAGUUAAUCUUACAUUAGUAGGCUAGACAUAGGGACACAUUCACUUAAUACCUUGCGAGCUGGAAGCUAGGACUGCUUUUUCUUUACAUUAAAAAAUUACGAGAGAGAAAAAAGGAUUGAUCUUAUAAAUGAUGUCUGUCUGCAAACUCAAGUCAGGAGUUUUUGAGCAACCAUGUGGCUAACUAAAAUGUAGUUAAUUCAGUUUGAGUUAAGGAUGAAUCCGGCCAGAUAUUAAACACUAACAAUAUGCAGUGACUUUUCACAAUUAUACUUUUUCGGGGAGGGGGGGAGGGUACAUGUCGCGUCGUUGACUGCGUGUCUACACAGGACGCGCUUCGUUUCUCGUUUUAACUCUAUCCAAGAGUAAGAGCACCAGAAGCAUUACGUCUAUUUUCUUCCGUACUACAGUGCAUGUGUGUCGGGCUCUGAGCGGUGCCAAAGCGUGGGGGACCUACACGUGCAAUGUGCGGGUACAUUCCGUCGUCUGCCCAUAUCUGCUAGGCCGGCCCAAAGGUUAUGAUGCAAACUUACAAACCGAGACGUCCUUCACUCCCAUCUCAGGUUUGAGGGACAGGGAGAGGAGGUGAGCGGAGAAACUACGGAUAUGUAAGCGGUAAGAAAAUGAGAAGAGCUUGUAGUAGAAACAGAAUUCGGUAUCGCUCUGUUUUAGACUUUAUUUGACUCUUAUGUGCUGUAGUAAGUUUGCCAUCUCACAUACUUGCCAAGUGGAAGUUUAUGCAACGCAUUCAAGGAAAACAUUUUUUGACGCGUCAUCCAAGUCUUUCACCCUUGGUGUCAAGAACUUCCUGCUCGUGGGUGAGAAACAAGCCGUCUCCUUUUAGCUCGGGAACCUCAUUGGGGCGUCGCCAGUUUCAGUGAUUAUGUCCCUGUUCAUUUACAACUUGAAAGGGAGCUGCGACUCUCUGAAUAUCCGAUGAGGUCAAAAUAAUCAUCACUCGUAGUGUAAAGAGCAACUUUCAAAGUGUUUCUGCUCAAGGCUUUGAUCAGGGUUCGUUUAUUUGUCUUCGACACCCAUGUGGACGUCAACAGAGCCCCUCUGUGUGUGUGUGUGUGUGUGUGUGUGUGUGUGUGUGUGUGUCAACAGAGCCCCCUGUUUGUGUGUGUGUGUGGAAGAGGGCAGCUGUCACUCACUGGCAUCGGGUGCCGUCACAAUUGAACUUGGAUCAAUCUUGAGAAAGAUUAUCAUAUUGCUUCAGUUUCUCGGUAGAAGCAGUAAUACUUAGUGACGUCACUUCGUUGUAGAUUCGCCAUGGUCCUCCGCGUCCUCCUCGUCCUCUUCUCCCUUCACAGAAGUCGCCGUCUUGGUCCUCUCUCUCCUCCGCACACGAAGGACUGACUUUUGGAAGCUGUGCAUGUGCAGUGGGAGCCAGUGUUCUUAGAUGAGAUAUUACGGAGUACAACGUUGUACAUUAGUAACCUGUUGGUGUCAUCUGGAGGAACAUGCAUAUGUAAACUGAUUGAACCCACUUUUUGUGUAUUUUUAGGUUUUCAUUUUUUUGUGAGAAAGUAAAAAUGCUGUAAAUGUUGUUUUAAAGUCUGUCUAGGUUUUACGUCACUGUACUUUUUCUUCUAUUCGUCUCUGUAGAAUUGCUUUUCAUUUAUUUUUAUUUUUUCAUUUAUGUUGUUAAUGAAGGGAGGAUAUUGAUAUCAAAAGUCUUAUUUGUUGAUGUGGCAAAAGUAGAUUAUUUCAUCCUCAUAACAAAUGAAGAGCAGUUAACCAUAAGCAGGACGCUUAUGUAGGAUCUUAUUUUCCAGAAUAACACUUAUUAACUUAACUCUUUUGUAGCGUUUCUUGAUUUGUCACACACAAGUUGCACUCCACUCUGCUAGAUGAUGACAUAUAGGAACACUGUGGUUGUUGGUGUCAACAGUUUUGAUUUAUGUUGUAAUUGAACCAGCCAGGCUAAUCUAUUCAAUGUAUUUCCUUUAAUUUCUUAAUCAAACACUUUGUUCAUUAUGUAUUUAUACAUAUCAGGAGACGGUGCAAUAUCAGCUAAUGAAAAAAUUAUCUUCCAAACGUCGAAUUGCAAAUUUCAAUUGUUUUCAGCAAACUUCAUAAUAAGUAAAAGAAAAGAGUUUGAAGCUAAAAGAAUAGUCGACGUAUUUUAACAGUUCAAAACAGGCUCCUUAAAUCUGAUUUUCAUUCCUUGUUGUAGUAUUAAAGUUUGUAACUCAGCUUUUGGACUCCAAUUAAGGAUUAAAAAUAAUUUUUAUAGUUGUUAUGAAAUUCGAAGGUGCUCUUUUCAAAUCAGAUUUAACUUGAUUAGUUUUGUGCGUCAUGUUGUGUGUUCACUGAAAUGCCCCAUUGUUAAAAUCCCUCCUUUUACUUUUUUGCAAUUUUUCUUCUAUUGACCAAACAUGCACCAGUGUCUGAGUGAGUGGAGGCAGAAGCCUGAGACACAUAAACCUGGAGUCUAGAAACUUCCAUCGUCGGAUCGAAAACAAUGUCAAAUAAAUAAGUAAAUACAGCGACCAGAUGAUAUUGAUAUCAAAGCAUUAUUUUAUUUAUUUUAUUAUGUUUUUAAUAAUCUAUUAACAACUAGUUUUUUUGCCACGGGGAUGUAUAGAAUUCUAGAUGUGAACUAUUUUGACAAUGAAGUGGCAAAAGGACAGACCUGCUGUAUAUACACACAGUGCGUAGGGACUUAGAGGUCUUCUGUUCUUAGCAUGGACAAUGUUUGUGUCUGUCAGGCCAAUGUGUGGGUAAAUAAAGUAAAUGAUACACUGUUGUACAAUAAAUGUUUCUGUUGCUUCAGAG